CGCCUGGGUCCACAGCUGGGUCCCCAGAGAUGUCUCCGUCGUCGCUGCUGCUACUGCUGCUGGCCGUGGAGCCCGCCAGGGCCACCCUGAUCCGGGUCCCUCUUCGCCGAAUCUAUACUGGACCCAGGACCCUGAACCCACUGAGGGGAUGGGGGAAGCCAGCAAAGCCCCUCAGGUUGGGGGCCCCAUCCCCUGGGGACAAGUCCGUCUUUGUGCCUCUCUCUGACUACAUGAACGCCCAGUAUUACGGGGAAAUUGGGCUGGGGACGCCCCCACAAAACUUCUCUGUUGUCUUCGACACUGGCUCCUCCAAUCUCUGGGUCCCGUCCGUGAGAUGCCACUUCUUCAGUCUGCCCUGCUGGUUACACCGUCGCUUCAACCCCAAAGCCUCCAGCUCCUUCCGGCCCAAUGGGACCAAGUUUGCUAUUCAAUAUGGAACCGGGCGGCUAGACGGCAUCCUGAGUGAGGACAAGCUGACUAUUGGGGGCAUCACGGGCGCAUCAGUGGUUUUCGGGGAAGCUCUGUGGGAGCCCAGCCUGACCUUCACUAUUGCCCGCUUCGAUGGGAUAUUGGGCCUCGGUUUUCCCACUUUGGCCGUGGAUGGAGUUCGGCCCCCGCUGGAUAUACUGGUGGACCAGGGGCUGCUGGAUAAGCCUGUCUUCUCCUUCUACCUCAACAGAGACCUUGAAAUGGCUGAUGGAGGAGAGCUGGUCCUGGGUGGCUCGGACCCAGCACACUACAUCCCACCCCUCACCUUUGUGCCAGUCACGAUCCCUGCCUACUGGCAGAUCCACAUGGAGCGUGUGAAGGUGGGCACAGGGCUGACUCUUUGUGCCCAGGGGUGUGCUGCCAUUCUGGACACGGGCACGUCUCUCAUCACGGGACCCACUGAGGAGAUCCGGGCCCUGCAUGUAGCCAUUGGGGGAAUCCCUCUGCUAGCAGGGGAGUACCUCAUCCAGUGCUCCCAAAUCCCAACGCUCCCUCCAGUCUCCUUCCUCCUUGGGGGAGUCUGGUUUAACCUCACGGCCCAGGACUACGUCAUCCAGAUUGCUCGGGGUGGCGUCCGCCUCUGCUUGUCCGGCUUCCAGGCCCUGGAUGUGCCUCCGCCCGCAGGGCCCCUCUGGAUCCUCGGCGAUGUCUUCUUGGGCAGCUACGUGGCCGUCUUCGACCGUGGGGACAUGAAAGGCGCUGCCCGAGUGGGGCUGGCGCGCGCUCGUCCUCGCGGAGCGUGACGUCGAGGGGGUGGGCCCGCGCAGGCGCAGUUCUCCGGUUGACGCCCUGGUUAGGCGCAUGCGCAACGGGUCGUAGCAGAGGGCCCACGACUCAGUAAAAAGCCAUUAUUUCCGUUAAA